UUAAAGUUUAACAACAACAAACACGUUUCUGUUGUACUAAGCCACCUUUGGGGUAAAAGACAGCGCCUGGAAAUCCACCUCAAUGCUGUUAACCACUCAAUGCUCGUCAGGAUUCCAAAUGAAUUCAUCUGUAACAAAGUGAUUCAAAAGAAACUGUGGUAUAUUGGUGAAUGUAUGUUCCUUGUUGCCAAAUGGGAUUCCUCAGGAGGUGCCUCUCAAGAUCUUGAUGCUAUCCCAAUUUGGGCACACCUAAAAAGAAUGCCAUUUAACCUAAUGCACCGAAAGGGUAUUAGUUUAGUGGCUGGUCUAAUUGGAGACCCAAAGGAAAGGGAUGAAUUUACUAUGAACUUGGUUAGCCUAACAGAGGCCCAUGUUAAAGUGGAAGCUAACCUGAACAAUCCCCUUCCUUUUCCUGUUGAAGUCUUUCGGGAUGAUGGGUCCGUCAUUAACAUUGAUGUGGUGUACCCAUGGGUUCCUCCUACGUGCUCCAACUGCAAUAUGCUCGGACAUGUCAUAAGGUUCUGUCCCUCGCUCCCCCCACCCUCUGCAACAGCCAGGCCAUCAGGACUAAAGAAAAACACAGAGAAAGAUAAAGGUAAGGGAAAAGUGAGUGGACCUUUACAUACGACUGAUGGAUCUCCUCCUGGGCCGAAUGGCUCCCACGUUGAGUCUCCACCCUCUGCUUUGGCUUCUUCUAGCUCUAUCCAGACACCUGUUUCUGAAAAAGAAAGCUCAAAGGUUACUUUUGGACCUCAAACCCGUCCUGUUGAUUUCAUUCCUUCUCCCCCUAUUAUAGAUUUGCCCACCAUUAUCGAAACCUCCACUGAGGCUCCUAUUCCACUCAACAAUUCUAAACCUCUUUCAGGGGCAAUAAAAGCUCCUUCUCCACCUAUACAAACUACCAUAUCAAAUUUUUUUGCCACUCUGGCUUCCUGCUCCUCUUCCUCCCUCACUCCGGACUCUUUGAUCUUAAACAAUUCAACUCCCUCACCAGGAUCACAGGACAUGUCAGACGAUGACGGGAGAAUUGUUAUCAUCUUCAAGCAGCCCACAACUAUCUCAAUCAUUCGCCAGUCGAAGCAGUUUCUAACCUGCCAUAUUACAAUCCCAGGAGGUCACUCUUUCUUCUUCACUGCGGUUUAUGCUUCGAACCUUCGUGCAGAACGAACUGACCUUUGGUGCGAGCUCAUCCACAUACAGCAUUCGCUCUCUCUUGGUAACUGCCCGUGGGUUGUUUGUGGAGACUUCAAUCAGAUUACUCAUCCGCUUGAACAUUCAGAUCCUGCAGUGGAUCAUAUUGCAUCAGAUAUGCUGGAAAUGAGGGACUGUAUGAUGCAAUUAGAUCUCUUUGUUCUGAGAUACCAGGGACCCACCUUCACUUGGACUAAUAAGCAGCCUGCUGAUCCCUGCGCAAAAAAGCUUGACAGACUCCUAGUUAAUAAUCACUGGUUAUCCAACUACCCGGAUAGUGCUGCUUCUUUCUUAGCUCCUGAUUUCUCAGAUCAUGCCCCUUGCCUCUUAAAUCUCGCUUUUCCCCUUCCUUUGGCAGGGACAAAACCCUUCAAAUUCUUCAAUCACCUAACCAAACACCCCUCCUUCCUCCCACUGAUUGAAAACGCUUGGAUCCAAGCCGGAGCUUCUCUGCAUCAAGGAACAUGUUUGUCAUUGUUGUGUGCAAAGCAAAAAACACUAAAAAGAGAGCUCAUAAUCUUAACCAAGGAAUUUUUUUCCGAUAUUCAGAAACGUGUGAGAGAGACUAGCGAUUUACUUCUAUCUGUGCAGGAAUUCUUUCCCCUGCUUCCAUGGACCCAGUCACGUGCCCUCCUGCAUGGAUUCAGUCUUUUA